GUCAGGUUGUCCGCAGCUGCGCCGGUCUGUUUCCACCCUGGUGCAGGUCGGCACGGUCUCCCACCCGGGGCUGCGCGGCUGCACAGCCGCCUGGCCUCGGGAAUUCAGUCGCGAGGAGCUGAGGCCUGCCUUGCUACAAGCUGCAGUUCCGGCAGGCGGUGGGGAGGGCUGCCUGCACGGGGCGCCGCUGGGGCUCCAACAUGGCGGCGGCGGUUCGUGCGGCAGGCCGCCUCCCUGCGUUGUGCGGCGCGCCAGUCAUUCAUGGUCCAGGCAGCUUUAUAUCAACACCUUUCCAAUAGCUUCUACUUUGGCGUCAAAAACUGUUCUCAGUAAUGGUCCUUUGUCGUCUCCAGGAACCAGACACAGUUGUCCUUUCAGCCACUUGACCCGUGCGCUACAGACACAAUGCUGGAUUUCUUCUCCCAGCAACUCGAUGGGCCAGCAGUAUAGAUCCUAUAGUUUCUUCACCAAAUUGACAGCAGAUGAGUUGUGGAAAGGUGCUUUAGCAGAGACUGGUGCUGGAGCAAGAAAAGGAAGAGGCAAGAGAACUAAGAAAAAGAGAAGAAAGGAUUUGAACAGGGGUCAGAUCAUCGGUGAAGGGCGUAGUGGCUUUCUAUGGCCUGGUCUGAAUGUCCCUCUUAUGAGGGAUGGAGCUGUGCAGACCAUUGGCCAAAGAAGCAAAGAAGAGCAGGAGAAGGUACAAGCUGACAUGAUCCAGCAGAGAGAAGAAUGGGACCGGAAGAGGAAGAUGAAGGUUAAGCGGGAACGAGGCUGGAGUGGAAACUCAUGGGGAGGUGUCAGUCUUGGCCCCCCCGACCCUGGUCCCAAUGGAGAAACAUAUGGUGAUUUUGAUACCAGGAUACUGGAGGUACGAAAUGUUUUCAAUAUGACAGCAAAAGAGGGAAGAAAGAAAUCCGUCCGUGUCCUGGUUGUUGUGGGGAAUGGCAGAGGCGCCGCAGGUUUUGCCGUUGGGAAAGCCACUGAACGGUCGGACGCUUUUAGGAAAGCAAAGAACAGAGCUGUUCACUAUUUGCAUUAUAUAGAACGAUACGAAGACCAUACAAUAUUCCAUGACAUCUCUUUAACAUUUAAAAGGACACAUAUCAAGAUGAAGAAGCAACCCAGAGGCUAUGGACUCCGCUGUCACCGGGCCAUCAUUACCAUCUGCCGUCUUGUUGGCAUCACAGACAUGUAUGCUAAGGUCUCGGGGUCCCUCAACAUGCUCAACCUCACCCGGGGCAUCUUCCACGGACUCUCUCGCCAGGAAACCCACCAGCAGCUGGCUGAUAAGAAGAGUCUCCAUGUUGUGGAGUUCCGGGAGGAACGCGGCCCUCUGCCCAUUGUGGUCGCCUCUCCCCAGGGGGCCUUGAGAAAGGAUCCAGAGCCAGAAGAUGAGGUUUCAGACAUCAAACUGGACUGGGAGGAGGUGCGGGCAGCGCAGGGAAUGAAGCGCUCUGUGUGGUCGAAUUUAAAGAGAGGUGCCACCUGAUCUCCCCUCGGCCUCACCAGCCACAGUGUCCGUCAGGUCAGCGCCUGGAGGAGACUCUCACACCUUGAAAGAAGAAUGGGCUUUUCGUUGUUUUUAGGGAAGGACCAACUUUAACUUCUUUAUUUACCAAUAAUAAAUAAUUACAACUUUA